AUGGCCCCAGAUCUCAUAGAAGGUGAGCUUGUCUGUAAGCAGGGCAUGGGGAAGCCAUCUCUCAACGCGACUGGUUGCGAAGUGUGCCCGCCUGGUCAGAUGCAGCUUGAGGAGAGGUUUACUGGUUAUUGUCACCAGUGCCCGAAGCAGGCGGAGUCAUGUCUUGCUGACGAAGUCAAGAUGAAGCCAGGUUUCCUGGCAGAGAAAGACGGUCGUUUGGUAGUUUGCCCCAACUCGCUGGCCUGUCAGGGGGGCAUCUUCCCUUCAAAUUCCUCUAGGUGUGCUAUUGGUUACAGAGGUGCUGGUUGUGCACAAUGCGACUGCGCGGAAGGAUUUCGGCUGGCGGACAGCAGUGUUCUCUCCUGCGUUCAGUGCUCGAAGGACUUGCAAGACGCGGCCAUGCAAGUGGGGUUCUGGGUAGGAAAGAGCGCCCUGCUCUUUGCCCUCGCGGCCAAAAGUGUGCUGGGAAACACUGGCUCCUCGAAGCCCAGCGGUGUCUAUCUAAACCAACUGAUGUCCUUUGCCACCUUGGAGGGGACUAUCAUGUCCGCCAUGCUGCAAACACCUGCUGCGCAGGAAUUGCAAGAAGGGUUUGCCGGUGUUUUCUUUCAAGCCAGUGCCUUGGUCAUGGAAGUCACAUCGGGGCAAACGAGCAGUGCCGCAGGAACAGGGCAGUCGCUACAAUGUGUCCUUGGCUAUGUAGGUCUGGAGAGUGCUCUGUGGAAGGGCCACCUUGGAUUCACGGUGCUGGCUGUGCUUCUCACCGCUGUCCUCAGUAUCUUUAAAGGCUAUCAAGUUGGCCUGGUUGUGGGCAUCAACUGCUUUUGGCCGGAGUUCAUGGGCCACUUUGGGAAGUACUUCGUUUGCUACAGGCUAAGUCCUGACAGUGGCCUCGAAUGGCCGCAAGCACCCGAUUUUUUCGGGGGCCUUGCCCUUGUCGCGGCUUGUCUGCUCCUCUGCUCAGCGGCAGUGCUACAUGCCUGGUGGACCCUUUACGGCACGGGGACCAACGACAGUGGGCCCAAAGUGGCCCAAGAGCAGCUCCACGUCGCCUUCCUGACAGCGCCCUACCAAGAAGCUUACGCAAAGUUCGAGACGGAGAGGCUGCUGCGCAAGGGCUGCUUCACGUUUCUGGCAGCUGCCCUCCCCAUCACUGCGUCCCCUGCCCUGCAGCUCAUUUUCCUUGCCAUGGCCGUGCUCGCCUCCCUGGUCACCUAUGCCCUGCUGCUGCCCUACAGGAAAUGCAGGUGGAACAUGGUUGAAGUGGCUCUUCUGACAGCAAGCAUGCUCUCAAUUCUGGAGGUUAUGGCUCUGCUCACAAGCACGCCCCGGCAGGGUGAGAGGUACCUGACACAUGAGGUGACCAUUAUCGGAACUUUGAUGCUAUCAACAGCGAUCUGCAUUGCCCUGACUUUGCUUACCAUUCAGAACCUCUUGCUCGAGCACAGUGCCUCAACAAAGAUCAUGGAGAUGAAAACGAAUUGA